GCCGCCGCCAGGUUGAGGAGCCGCCGCGAAGCCACGCCGUUUCAGAUCGCGCCGCCGCUGUCAGAUCAGAUCGUCGCCGCUGGGUCUUUCCACCGUCGCCGCGAGGAUCGCCGCCGCCGUUUGCGUACAGACCGCCGCACACAGGAGCAGCGGCAGAAGGAGCCGCCGCCGGGUGGAGGUGCUGCCGCCCUCCGUCUAGCCGUCAGUCGCCGUCCGCGAGCAGGUGUCAUCUGAUCGCUCGCCGAGUCGCCGCCGUCGUCCAGAGCAGAGCGCAGUGCCAUCGCCAUCCCUGUUUUGCUCCGCUGAAGCAGUCGCCGAAACAAAGAAAAAAAGGGCCGGCCGGACGAAAAAAGAGAGAAGGCAGUGGUCACUGGUCAGCCUUUCUCCAUUGAUUUUUUGGGCCGUAGCAUUUUUUUUGGUGGGUUGGUUUUGGGCUUGAUUGAUUGGAGUGGUGGACCUGUUUUUCUGAAAAAAAUACCAAGACCUGAAAUUAGUUGUACCGGGUAUCUCGUCUAGUCGUUUGAGAUGGCAGAAGAUGGGAAGUUUCGAAUUGAGAAGUUCGAUGGUACAGAUUUCAGUUGGUGGAAGAUGCAAAUUGAAGAUUUGCUGGUUCAGAAAGAUUUGGACGUGGUAUUGGGUGACAAGCCAGAAAAGAUGUCGGAUGCAGAUUGGACAGGUUUGGAUCGGAAAGCAAUGUCCGUGAUCCGUCUCUCGUUGACCAAGAAUGUUGCCUUCAACAUUCUGAAGGAGAAGACAGCGAAGGGAAUUAUGGACGCGCUGUCUAACAUGUACGAGAAGCCAUCUGCAGCGAAUAAAGUUUUUCUGAUUAGAGAGCUGGUGAACACAAGGAUGAAAGAAAACACUUCAGUUACCGAGCAUAUCAACAAGCUGAAUUCGAUCUUAACCAGACUUGCGUUAGUGGGCAUUAAGUUCGAUGAUGAAGUUCAAGCUUUGCUACUGCUAUCGUCUUUGCCUGAUAGUUGGUCCGGAACGGUCACAGCGGUUACCGGUUCAGUGGGACCUGAUGGAUUCACCUUUGAUCAGAUUCGAGAUCUCGUUCUUGGCGAGGAUGUCAGAAGAAAGAGUUCGGGGGAGUCAUCUGGUGAAUUGCUUCAUGUUGGUAGAGGCAGAAAAAAUAACAGAGGUAGUGGGAGCAGGAACAGACAAAGGAGUCAGUCGAAGACUCGUGACAGCUCAGGUGUAACGUGCUGGAAAUGCAAGGAGGUGGGGCAUUAUAGGAAUCAAUGCCCGAAUGACAAGAAAGUGAACAUUGCUGAAGGCUCCGCGAGUGAUGAAGAGGUCCUUCUUACUUGUUGUGCGGAGAGCAAUGUGGAUUCCUGGGUCAUGGGUUUUGGUGCUUCAUUUCAUGCUACCCACAGCGGUGAAGUAUUACAGAAUCUGGUUGUUAGAGACUUUGGAAAGGUACGACUAGCAGACGAUAGAGCUCUUGAGGUGACGGGCAUGGGUGACAUGGUGUUGAAGACCUCAGUCGGUCUUUGGACUUUGAAGGAUGUCAGAGUGGUUCCAGCCUUGAAGAAAAGUUUGAUUUCUGUCAGGCAGUUGGACGAACAGGGACACGAGGUGAAGUUCAGAGAUGGACAGUGGAAGGUCGUGAAGGGAAAUCUUGUCAUGGCCCGUGGAAAGAAAAGAGGUUCGCUAUAUAUGGUCGAGUUACCAUCUGAGGGAGUGACCGUCCCAGUUCAGAAGAGAAACAAAGUCCGGUUCACAGAGUCUCGUGGGCAGAAUAAGGUUGUCUGUGCAAGAGAGAAACCUAGAGCCACUGAUCAGACUCAGGAUGAACGAGCGAGGAAAGGUUCAAGGAGGCCAGUCAGAGGUAUUUGUGGCAGUGGGAGCUCAAGAGGCGCUUCAGCCAAUUUGCCUAGAAGACAGUGGGUCAGGAGAAUCAGUAUUCCAGCUGUUGGAACAUCUCCAGAAAAUUUCUUGCUGAGUACGGAGAUUGUUUGUUCUCAGGAUGUUCCAGGAUCCGGCAGUGUGCAUCUGCAGUGGGAGCCGGUAGGGACCGAGGACGAGUCCGGGGCAGAUUUUGCCGUGACUGAUGUGUUGGAGCUUGGGAGAGCUUCAACGGGCCUUUCAGUUGUCUGAUGAUAGGGCCGCUGCAACAGGAGAGCUGAGGAAAGAUUACUCGAUGUACAGGCAAUCGUGGUGGAUGGCAGUUGAUGACUAUCAAG